CACUUACACGUUAAUCAGUACUUAGAAAAGCUAGUUAAAUUCAAGAAAACAAAAAAAGAAAGAGAGGAAAGCAUUCAUUACAAAAUGGCUCCGUGUCGUACGAUGGUUGUGCUCUGCCUGCUUCUGUUUCUGGCGGCGAGUAGUACCUCCGAAAGAAUCGGAGCCACCGUGGAUAUGAAGAAUAGGAAGAGCUUAGGGUUUAAACGCAGCUAUAUUUUUGGCUACUUACCAAAAGGAGUUCCUAUUCCUCCUUCUGCUCCUUCUCAGAGACACAACUCUCUUGUUGACUCUCUUCAUCAUUGAUUUCCUUUUUUUAUUGUUCAAUGUAUUUUUUGUGUGCUUGUUUUGUAAAUUAGAUACAUACAUGGUUACAUUCUUUGUAUAUACUUGCAUACUUUAAUUUUUUCCUAUGUUUUCCAGACUAUAUUGUAUUAAACUCAUGAUGGCCAUAUAAAGAUCAAGGAAUUC